ACCCCUUCUCCUCCUCCACAUUCACCUCUGGUCACAGCGCCACCUCAUGGUUGACUGACAGUAUCGUAGAGAAUUUAUUCUUUAGGGACAAGGAAUCCGAGUCUUACUUCUUAUCUGCGCCUUGAAAGUCACUUAGCGAAAACUAAAGAUGGCGAGAAAAUGUACUUUUCAAGUCCUCCUAAGGCCCACAGACCUCUUUGUUCGCGGAGGACCUAGACUCUAUGGUAGGUGAUGAAGAGCGGUCUGUAGUCUGUCGGCGCUUGCGUGCUGCGAGGUGGUUCCGCAUGCGCGGUAGGGUUGAGAGAAGCGCACGCUGAAGAGAGUCGGCGGCUGCUGCGGGUGGAUCAAGUCAGUUCUCUCUGAUUGAAGAGCGCGGCGCGGGGCCCCAGUGCGGGAUCCAUAUACAUACCUCAGAAUGCCGGGUCUGAGUUGUAGAUUUUAUCAGCACAAAUUUCCUGAGGUGGAGGAUGUAGUGAUGGUGAAUGUGAGGUCCAUUGCUGAAAUGGGAGCUUAUGUCAGCUUGCUGGAAUACAACAACAUCGAAGGCAUGAUUCUUCUUAGUGAGCUCUCCAGAAGGCGUAUCCGUUCUAUAAACAAACUCAUCCGAAUUGGCAGGAAUGAAUGUGUGGUUGUCAUUAGAGUGGACAAAGAAAAAGGAUAUAUUGAUUUAUCAAAAAGAAGAGUUUCUCCAGAGGAAGCAAUCAAAUGUGAAGAUAAAUUCACAAAAUCCAAAACUGUUUACAGCAUUCUUCGUCAUGUUGCUGAGGUGUUGGAAUACACCAAGGAUGAGCAGCUGGAAAGCCUGUUCCAGAGAACUGCCUGGGUCUUUGAUGACAAGUACAAGAGACCAGGAUAUGGUGCCUAUGAUGCAUUUAAGCAUGCAGUCUCAGACCCAUCUAUUUUGGAUAGCUUAGACUUGAAUGAAGAUGAACGGGAAGUACUCAUUAACAAUAUUAAUAGGCGUUUGACCCCACAGGCUGUCAAAAUUCGAGCAGAUAUUGAAGUGGCUUGUUAUGGUUAUGAAGGCAUUGAUGCCGUGAAAGAAGCCUUGAGAGCAGGUUUGAAUUGUUCUACAGAAACCAUGCCCAUCAAGAUUAAUCUAAUAGCUCCUCCUCGGUAUGUAAUGACUACAACCACCCUGGAGAGAACAGAAGGUCUCUCUGUCCUUAAUCAAGCUAUGGCUGUUAUAAAAGAAAAGAUUGAGGAAAAGAGGGGCGUUUUCAAUGUUCAAAUGGAGCCCAAAGUGGUUACAGAUACAGAUGAGACCGAACUUGCAAGGCAGCUGGAGAGGCUUGAGAGAGAAAAUGCAGAAGUGGAUGGAGAUGAUGAUGCAGAGGAAAUGGAAGCCAAAGCUGAAGAUUAACUUUAUGGGGAACAGAGUCCAGUUUAAGGAACACAAAGCAGCCUUCCUGGCUGUAAACCCUAGACUUGAAAGUUUUCCAGUAUUGAAAACUUCAAAGCUGAAUAUUUUUUAUUUCUAAGUAUUUAAAUGUUCUGACAGACCAAAACAUGAAAUGCCCUCCUAAAUGUCAGCUGUUUUCACACAGUAGCUCCAACACAUUGAGCAUUUUUUAAAGGAGUGGCCUGAUUUCACUAGACAAAUCUUUAAAAACAGUCAUAAAAUUGGGCUCGUGAUUUCCAUUUUUGAUGUCUCCAGAUUGGCACCCCUUUGUAGUUCAGUGCCUCCAUGAAAUUUACCGGGGCAUCCAAAGCAGAUAGUCCCAACCUUUCUAUAUAAAAUGUAUCAAACAAACAUUAAAUAAAUUUCUGGGAUAUUUAACCAUAGGCUUCUUCCUUAUUGUCACCAGUUAAAAGCAUUAUGAUUACUAAGACCCUAAUUCUAUUAUUUUCAUUUUAGUUGAAAUAUAGUAAUAUAAGGGCAGGUGACCAAAGGAUCAGUAUAGCAGAUCCUUUCAAAAGGAAGGUUGAGAGAACAUAAUUUUAAUUAGUGAAAGUUUAACUCCCAGGGGGGAAAGCCUUAAAAUGCGAUUAAAGGAUUGGUUGUGUGCCUUUUACCUAUUUGAGAUUGAUGACAGCAUGUGGUAUGAGGGAGAAUUUAUCUUGCUGGUCCUUAUUGGUAUACUAAGUAAGCUGCUUGCCUUGAGUUUGUAAUUCAGGAUGGUAAAGGUUUGGGGAGUUAUUGUUUUUGUUUUUAAGAAAAAGAUGCUGCUUUUUAGUUAUUCUGAGCAUCACUGCCCAACUUUUCUUUUUCCCAUUAUAAUAUUUGCUAGGUACCACCUAAAGCUUCGUUUGUCUUUAUAACAGAAUAGGGAUCUGUUUGAACACAAUUAUAAUGGUUUUUCUAUAUUUCCAUCAUUUUUAUCUUUAAGAGCUGAUUAUUUUAAAGGUAAAUAAAUAAUAAAUAUAAAGGUAAAUCAGUUUCAUAGCUAACAAACACAUGGUUUGCAGUUACAGCUAUAAUAACUGGUGUGGGUGUGGAGAGUUUUAACUUCAGUCUGCUUCAUAGAUUUAAUCCCUUAGAAUACUUGAGGUACCAAAUAAGUUAAUUUUACUAAUUAGUCCCAAGAAUAGCUAUUUAAAUACUUAGAAGAUUAAACCUAACCCAGCUCAGUCAAUCCAAGACUAAAUGUUAAAGGGACUGGAAAAUAGAAGAGUGUGUUAGUGAGACCGUUUGAGCCAUUUGUGAAGCUUUGUCCCUUUGUUUAACUUAGCCUCCUCUAUUAGCUCUUUAAAUCCAAGAGUCUAACUUCCUAUGGCCAUUUCCACAAGGGAGCCAUGAUGGCUAGCUUGCAUUGCCAUACUGGGAAUAUUUAAAGGAGAAUCUGGAUAUACUCAAAUUGGCAUGUUAUUUUCACUUCAGUCUUUCUGAAGAGUAAAAAAAAAAAAGUUUUUUAAAGCUUGCAACAUCAAGAAUGUUAUCAAAAUGUAACAGGUGCUCCUUAAACUACUGUAGGCAAAGGAAUUUUGUCACUUUGUAUACUGAAUUUUUUAAUACUUCAAAAGCCAUAACAGUUGAGAAGUACUGGUGGCAUCCGUGGUGAGUGAUUUUAUCCUAUGCAGGCCUCUUGCUCAGUUCCACAGCAGUUGCACAAAUUUAUGAUCCUUACCAGAGAAAAGAUCAAUACCUUACUGAUACUAUGAAGGAGAGAAUUAACUAAACCUAAAGCGUACACCCUGCUGACCUAAAAAUAUCACUUUCAAAUAUGAGCACAAGAUCACACCCAGCUCCAAAUAACUUGAACAGACUGUCAGAGACAACUAACCAAUUUUCUAUCUUGGGUCUCUCCCUACCAAGUCUCUUCAUUAAAAAUCAGUAAUUUCAUCUACUACCUUUCUGCUUUUGAGGUCAAGUGGUUAUCAACUCAUAACAAAACUAUCAAUAGUUUGAGUCUCAUUUAUGCAUAAUUGGUUGAGAAUUCAAAAUGAGAAUAUGAAUGUGCCAACAAUUUUUAAUGUUUUCUAGUGAAAUGAUAUACCAGCGCUUGCAUAGAUAAUGCUCAGACACUUAGUGGAAUCUAUAGAGACAUGCUAAGUGUUUUAGUUACUACUCAGCUGCCAUACUUGACCUAGCUACUUUUACAUCAAGAACAAUUUGAAUGGUUCGGGAUUUCUAAAAAGAGGAAUGCUAGUACCUUGGCCAGAGCUGUCCUCAAGGCAAUAGUCAACUACUUUUCAACAUAUGAUACUGAUGUCUGCUAUACAGAGUGGGGGUGUAGUGCCAAUUUGGAGUCAAGAAACCAUCCAACCAAAUGCAGUUUAAUUCAGAAAAACACCUGUUGAUAACAAAAAGCAAUAAAGACACUAAUUCCAGGGACACAGACCUUGGUGAAAUGCCAAAUGGAAAAUGGUGCUUUAAAUGGCAAACUCUUACAAUGUAAGGAAUAAAGUAAAACCUCAUUAGCUUGGAAUUCCUGAUCAUUCAGCUCAGGUAUUCGAGACAAGGUUAAGAGAAGACAGUUCAAACUACUGAAGAGAAUGAAUUUUUACCUAAGGACUUUGGAAGUAUCUACUCCCCUUAAAUGUAAGUUACAUUACCUAUUCAUUAAAGGAAGUCUAAGCACUUGUACUUGGCAGAUUACUGUAUUAAACUUGAAAGUAAUAAAAAUCUUUUUAAAGAUAC